GUUGGGCGCGCAGUUACGGCCAGAUGGAUACACAGUUCGGAGCGCAGCUAGGCCAAGGGACACGAACGUAUACUUCAUGCAUUCGCCACCGCCUAGUGAGGAGUGCGUCACAUCGAGUGCAGACGAUGGGCAUAGGAAAGAGACUCUUUCGUUUCAUUGGCCGUCGCUUUAUCUUUGUGUCAGUUGUAAGUGCGACUGUUGUAAGCGGAGUCUAUGUUGUACAGAAGUAUAGAACUGUAAAAGAGUCUUUACCGAACUUGAGUUGGGUGUUCGACGCCACUAGAAUAGCCAAAGACGGUUUAGGUAAUGCUAAAGAGAUGCUUGUUAAAUUCAGUGAUAAACUGAAUUUUAGCAGGAAACAUGGAAAGCAGGAGGAAGCCUUGUCAGCUUCUGACACUGUGGCAGCUGCACCGGCCAAAUCGUUUACAGGGAAAACAUCAUCAUUUAGGGAGGAAGAAUUGACAGAAAGACUCCAACAGGCACAGAACAAUUUACUUGAAAUGCAGCAAAAUUACCAGAAAGAACUAGAACGUUUAGAGAAAGAGAACAAGGAUUUGAGGCAGCGCGUUUUACUAACAGAACAUGGUGAUGACACUGGUAACUUACAAAACACAAAGAAGUCUCUAAUUGACAUGUAUUCUGAAAUUCUUGACAUAUUAGGAGAACAAGACAGCAACUAUGUGCAGGACCAUCUACCAAGAGUAGUUGUUGUUGGUGAUCAAAGCUCUGGAAAGACAAGUGUUCUUGAAAUGAUUGCUCAGGCACGCAUUUUUCCUAGGGGUGGUGGGGAGAUGAUGACCAGGGCUCCUGUGAAGGUGACAAUGAGUGAGGGCCCACAGCAUGUGGCACAAAUUAAGGGAAACUACAAGAUGUACGAUUUGACUCGUGAGUCAGAUCUUCAGGCUCUGAGAAAAGAAAUAGAAUUACUGAUGCUGAAGAGUGUAGAAGGAGGGAAGACCGUAAGUAGUGAGGUCAUAUCAUUGACUGUAAGAGGGCCUGGUCUUAAUCGUGUUGUAUUAGUUGAUCUACCGGGAAUUAUUAGUACCGAAACUUCUGGGAUGGCAGCACACACAAAAGAGGCUAUUCUUGAUAUGUGUCGUCAACAGAUGAGCAAUCCGAAUGCUAUUAUACUAUGCAUACAAGAUGGUUCUGUGGAUGCUGAGCGAAGCAAUGUGACUGAACUUGUUGGGAAAAUGGAUCCUCUAGGUAAAAGAACCAUUCUUGUACUAACAAAGGUUGACCUUGCAGAAAGGAAUGAAAUCAACCCCAACAGGAUUAAAUCUAUUCUUGAUGGCAAACUGUUUCCAAUAAAGGCAUUGGGACACUUUGCAGUAGUCACUGGCUCUGGGAACUCUAGUGAUGGCAUAGACAAAAUUAGAGAUUAUGAAGAGAGUUUUUUCAAAUCAUCAAAUCUUUUUCGAUCUGGUGUUUUGCAAGCUAGUCAGCUGACAACUCGUAGUCUUAGUUUUGCUGUUUCUCGUCUGUUUUGGGAUGUGGUAAAAGAAUCUAUUCAGCAGCAAGCUCAGAAUUUUCGAGCUAUUCGGUAUAACUUGGAGACAGAGUGGAAGAACACUUUUCCAAAGCAAAGAGAACUAGACCGGAAUGAACUAUUUGAAAAGGGAAAGGAAGAGAUACUGGAUCAAAUAACCAAUCUUUGUCUUAUUUCUCCACAGGAGUGGGAAGACAGCUUUACAUCUCUUUUGACUCAGUCUAUUUCAGCUCACUUGGUAAACAACAUAUACAUUCCUGCUGCAACACGGGCCAUAUCACAAGGACAUUUCAAAACUCAGAUUGACAUAAAGUUGCGUGAAUGGGCAGAAGGACAUCUACCAACUCUGAGCUUAAAGGUUGGGUUGCAAGCUCUAAUGCAUGAAUUUGAGAAAAUUGUCAAGGAAAAUGCAGCACAGAAUGCAUUAGGCAAAGUAUCUCAGGGCUUGUUUGAUCCUCUCUGUGAAGAAGUAGUGCGAGAAACAAAAUACAGACAUGUGUGGGAGACUGGAGAUAAAGAAAAACUGCGUGUAAUCCAAGUUAAUACACUUGAGGAUCAAACAGUACAGGAACGAUGGCAGUGGGAGUCAGCAGUGAGGUAUAUGAAAAGGGUAUUAGAAGCUGAGCAACACUUAGCACAACAAGCUGUUAGUGACCUUGUUGGGCCUGGGUCAUUUGAGAAAUGGUUGUAUUGGAAGUCCCAAAGCCCUGAACAGAUGAAGCGAGCAGUUACUAGGGAAGAACUCCUUAGUCUUACCAGGACUGACGAGGAGUGUUCCGCUGUUUUGUCUACUGAUGAAAUCACUGCAGUUCGCAAGAACUUGCAAGCUAAGAAGACCUCAGUCACAGAUGAAUUUAUAGUAGAGACUUGGUCUCACGUUUAUCGUGAACAGUUCUUGGCCAAUUCUCUUAGAACUGCUGAAGAGUGUCGUCGUGCCUUUUAUCACAGACAUUUGGCACCUGUCACAAGCAAGUUGAACUGUGAUGACGUGGUAUUAUUCUGGCGAAUCCAACGAAUGAUACAAGCAACCAGCAACGCGUUGCGCCAGCAGAUCAUGAACUCAGAAGCUCGAAGAUUAGAGAAGGAGGUUAAGCAACUGUUAGAGACCAUGGCCUUGGACAAGAGUAAAAAGCAUCAGCUAAUCAAUGGAAAGAGAGUCGAUCUGGCAGAGAAACUGAAAAGGGUUCGGUCAAUACAAGACAAACUAUUUGCAUUUAUUGAUGCUCUGUCUAAUGAAAAGUGAGACGCUUUUAUGUAUUUGUUUCUUUGUUGUGUAUGUCAAUAUUGCCUGCUGAAGCCGCAGGCUGUCAAAAUACAGUAGCAAUCUAAACAGAUGCCAUUAAAAGCAGAAAUCCUCUUCAUACUCAACUUGAAACAUA